UCACAUCUUUAAAAUGCUGAAAGAAAAGACCAACCCAGGACAUGACAGGGAGCAAAGGUGCCCUUAAGGAUCGAAGGCCAAACCAAGCAAAACCCAAACAAGGGUUGAUGCAGCUGAGAGAAAACUGGGAGAAUUCAUCACCAGACAAUGGGCCUUAAAAUACUCUGUGAAAAGAACUUCAGGCUGAGGUGCAAUGACACGAGAGGAGCUGGGAACUUGAGGAAGAAGGAAGAGCGACAGAAAGGUUGUCUCUGGAUAAAUGUGGUGGCCUAUUUUUCACCUCUUACAUUUUUUAAUAUAUGUACGACUCUGAAUAAAAAAGGACUCCUCAGUGUCAGAGGGUGGCGUUCAAGUUCUAUGGAGGUGACCCAUGUGACGAUGGUGACAGAGUGGAGGGCACAGCAUCCACAGGGCUGGAAGGCUUCUACGUUCUAUUUCUCUGGUAAGGCGUUAUGUGCAAUUGGUCUGUGAAACAACGGUACACGUAGCGUUAUUCUCAGGACAACUAGAAAUCCUCACAAACUCACUCCAGAAAACUGGAAAACCUCAGUAGCCCCACAUGAGGAAAUUUGAAAAAGGCAGUGACAACAGUCACUGCACCCAGGUUUCUGGAGAACAGAAGUCGUGAUCUCCCUUGGUUAGCUGCCUAGGAGCGUGCUUGCUGGGUCACAUGUUAAGUGUGUCCCACCCCAGGUCCUUCUGGAUCCUCUGCACACGUGCCCUUCCGUCUAGAAUCUUGGCACAUGUCCAUUCUUCCCUCACAGGUUCCAAAGCUGCGUCCUAGCAGCAGGCCCCACACUGCCCACUUCGCCUUUGGUGUCGUUUGCACCUGAAGGAGAGAACUCAGAGCCCAGCUCUCCAUUGAGAGACAGACCUCACCCACCUGCGCUAUGGGCGGAUCCCAGGGCAGGCUGUGCCCCUCACGCCCACCCCGGGCACUGUGGGGCCAGCGCCUGCCAAGAGGGCUUCGCCGCCUCCAGCCCCUUCACCGCACCUGCCGACUUCCCUUGGCUGUCCGGGGUCACCCAGCUGUCCAUGCCCCGCCACCCACUCGCAGGACAUCAGGCAGGAAUGCAGCAACUUCACACCCGCGAUUUCUCAUCGCACCUCCCAGAUGGGGUGCCUUGACCCGGAAGAUCCUGCACUCCUUUCUGGGGGUCCUUUCUUCCAUGUGCAGGCCUGGCCAUCAGAACAAGGCCAUGAUCUCUGCUCUCACCCCCGAGAAGUCCUGCAGCUCACCAUCUGCUGAGGACAAAGUCACUCCCUGCGUGGUCCAGGAGCAGGGAGUCACUCCGAUGCCGCCCACAACACCCAGGUGUGCUCAAGACCCCAGCACUGAGAAGAUGCUGUUGAGAACCCCGGGAGAGAGCAGGAAAGAGACGGCCGAGCAGGAGGAAGACCCCCCAGUCAUCGAGAGGCAGGACGAUGAGGGAAGGGGCCCUGACAACCCUGGGGAGGCAUCGUCUGCAUUUAGGCCGCUGGGGCUGCAGGGAGGCCUCUGUUCCAUCGUGCCCAGGCCUGGGCCUCUGCAGGGAACCCACCACAGCAUGAGCCCAGAGGACAGAUCCAUCCAGAAGUCCCAGACUUCGUGCAUGAGCUCCUGCCCCAGAAGAAAUGCCAUCACCAGCUCAUAUAGCUCCACCCGAGGGUUCCCAUCAGUGCAGAGAAGGAUGGGUCCAGCCACAGCCCACACCUGGCUGCCCCAGAGGCCCUCCGAGAAAGUGAUCCCAGAGGGCCGUGGGUCUCCCUCUGCAGGCUCGGGGCUCUCCCACAGGAAGACGCAGCGUGGGAAGGACGCAGAGCCAACACCGGGGCAGACAGAAACCCAGAGCAUCUGCUCACCCACACCCGACAGGUCCAGGCCCCGAAAACGCAAGACCCCUCUGCUGCCAAGCAGGCACGGGGCCCCUCUGAGGCUGCCUCCAGCCCCUGAGCUGGGAUUUCGAGUCACCGUGGAAGAUCUGGCCUCGGAGAAGGAAGCAGCACUGCGGACCAUCGACAGUGCCCUGCGGGGUGAGACCGAGGCCGUCAGGGACCAUGGCACCACCCAGCCUUCCUGUUCUGUCCCCGUGCCUGCUGCAGCGACGGCUCCUCCACCAGCUGUCCCUCUGGCCCCCAGCAUGACCUCAAAGGGGGGAAAACGCAGGAAGGUCCAGGACACCAUGGGCCCACUCACCAUCCUGGAAACUGCUGGAGCGGCCAGCGUGGGGCAUCCUUUGUGGCAGAGGAAGCACAGCUCUCCAGGACCCCUCCCCUCCCAGUCACAGCCCCUUCCAGGCACCUCUUCACCCUCACUGCCCUCAGCCCUGUCCACCUUGCUGAGCCCUGCUUCCUCCCCAGGAUCAGGCAGCGCGGUGCUGUCUGCUGGGCGCCAAGGCGCCCUGCUCCCUGCUCCUGGUCGUGCACCAGGCAUGGAGUCUGCAAUUGGAAGCCCAACUUCUGCCUGCUGGGCCCCUGCCCCUGCGGCAGCAUCCCCUCCCUGCUUCCUGUUGAAGUCCACCUGGGGGCACCCUCGCAAUGGGGGAGGAGGAGGCCACUCGAAACCCAAGGCUGCAGUGUCAGCUGCAGCAGACGCCAGUUCUGCCUUCUCUGCAGCUUGGAGCACCUCACCCAUGUGCACAGACUCUCCUGUCUCCACCUCACAGCGCCCCCCUCCCAUCACGGAUCCUGGUGCCGCUCCCUCCACGGGCCUGCCAAUCAUUCCUGCUGGCAGUUCCAGCCCCUCUCCCUGCAUAUCUACAGGCCUGGCUCCCUGGGCAGCUGCUGACACUGAGGUCACCCCCAUGGACACUACUCCGGCUCCCCAGCCUCUGCUCGAGGGGUCUGCAGCUGGCUCCAGUGGGAGCAUCUCCUCACCUGCCCUGGCCCUUCAGAUGUCCCCCAGGGACAGCAUGGCCUCAGUCACCAGCAGCCUGUCCCCACUGAGGUUCUGUGGCCGCACCCCAACUCCCAAACUUCCCACGAACCCUGGAGCCGUGGCCCAGUCCAAAUCAGGGGCCCCUAAUGGGCAGCAGCAUGGAGCCACCACCUUACCAAGCUCUCUCCAGAAGGGCACACGGGCUGCGCCAGCCCCACCCCGAGCCCCAACCCCUGCACCAGGCCAGCCUGCUGGGGACAGCACCACAUGGGCAGCUUUUCGGGUGGCAACACCCACACCUUCCAUCUUGGGCACCCAUAGCAGCACCUGGCCAGGUCUUGCUGCCACCCCAGCUGUCUUCCCUUCUGGCACAGCCCACGCCUCUGGCUUGGCCCCUGCCACCUACAAGCGGAGCACUGUGACCCAUGCUGGGACCAGGAUGAGGCAGCCACAGUCACAGUUUGGCAGCAGAAGCCACAUGCCCUUCAGGUUACAGGUCUUGGUAGCAUCUAAGGGCUUUGACAGCAGAUCUGCUCUGUCAUUUUUGACCCGUUCCUUCCGUGCCCUCAGCCUUAGAGCACAGACGAGUGUGGCCCCAAGCACCACACACCGCUAUGGGGGCAGCUUGGGCCAGAACACCUGGGGGCCCCCUCCCCAGAGCGUCCCAAUGGUGACUGCAAGACCCAGCACCAGGCAGAACCCUGGGUCUGGAUGCACUACUGCCCCUUCCUCAAGCCGCAUCCCUGGGGGCCUGUGCAGGAAGAGACGCCUUACUUCCGGCUGAGGGCCCAGCACCACGGCCAGAAAGGGGUGUUUCCAUCCCCACCUCCACUUCCAGCAGCCCUACCUCAGCGGGGGCACCGGAAGGAGCAGCCUUGCUGUUUGCUUAGGUCCCCUCAUCCCCUGUCCCUGUGCUCAGAGGCCUCAGGAGAGAACACGGGGGCACUUGAUCACGUUCCCUCUAGUCAGGCAGGACACCUCCUUUGCACUACAAUUGAAACUUCCCCUCUCCCCAUCUUCCUCCCAGAACCCUCGUGCCUUCCCCACACCUUUUAAUAAAGCCUUGUUCUUGUUCCUUAGCAUGAUUCUCCUCUGUCUGUCUCUGGAGGUCAAGUGUGGAAAGCACUGGCUGUGUGAGUGGUGACAAGGGAAGCCAGACCUAACUGUGUAAAGGUUGCUGUGGCCCAGCUAAUGGGGUGUGGAGAGGACACAAGUGGAUGGCUACAAGGACUGACACCUAAAUAGUAAAGGUGUGUUUUAGUUGAAACGAUGCAGCCCAGGAUAACAGGGGCCCAGGGGAGCGACAGACAGGGAGACUGACCCUUGCCAGUGGAAUUGCUGCCUCCUUUGACCUGUCUGACCUGGAGCAGGCUUAUCAUCCUGAGUGGACACCAGGAGUCUGCCCUCUACACAUUUCCUCCUUUAAUGGAGCAAUUUGCUAUUUCUUCACUAUUUGCUUUUAAAGUCCUAGACUAAUCACCUACAUACACAUCCCACCUGGAGAGCAUGGGCCUGGCAUCCAAGCUUCUGGGCUUGAACAAAAAGGGAGCUUUAAUUCUAGGACAGGACAUGACCCUGAGCAAUUUGUGACGUCUUCUUUAAAAAAGCAGAUGGACUCCCUGAUGACAUUUCUUCCCUUUUCCAGAAACAGGGAUGAAAAGGAAGCAUUUGCAGAGGAAACAAGCUAAAAUUAGCCCAUUGUACUUAUCAAGAUUCAAAGACUCCCCAUUUGUGGUCCUAGGUGUGUGGAGCUUAGAGACCAUCACUCCUGUCGUCACAACAAGAAAAAAGAUGAACAAACUGAAAUCAACAAUUCCUAAAUCCUUCAGAGAAUCGAGGUCAUAGGGCAAACAGUUACCACUAAAACUGGAGAGGUGGGUGAACACAGAGAAUCCCAGCUGAACAGAGCAGAGCCCUCUGCUGGAGGCAGGAUCUGGGCAGCAAAGCUUUAACUGUAAGCCAGGAAUUUCUGGAGGCUCAGUGUAGAUCAGUUUCAGGCUAAAAACCCCUGGGGGCCCCAUCUUAUAGGGGCCUGCACACGUUCCUGAGUUUUACCUCCAGUAGCCCCAGUUCUCAGGGUGAAGAUCAUAGAAAACUCCUUCAUCCUUCCAGCAGGGACAGAUGAAGAGCAACCAUUUUGAGACACACCCAGCAUAGCCUGUGUCCUUAGCAAGCCUUCCCUUGAGGGAACUCUUUCACCAGAGCCACUGCCUUGGCUUCUACCAGAGCAUCACUGGCCUGGGGAAGGGAAACACCCUUACCUGGGCCCUGUAGCUUUCCAGGGACAGGAAAGGAAAUACCCAGCCCCAGCUCCCUCGAGCAUUCUCUCACCCAUGGCACAAAAAGUCUGAGAAGCACUUGUGAAGAUCAAAUCCCAGGGUCACAGGCUCACGAAAAGCCUGAGAGAUAAUCACAGGAAUUCAGAACACUCGUCCCUCCCCUAAACCUUCCCAGCGCGUUAAUAAGGCUCCUGGAUCAAUAGGGGGUUCAGCGGAAAACACUUCCAGUCUCAGGUCUGACUCAAGAAGUAGUAUAAAGGCAAACCCAAAGAGAAGA